AUGUGUAUUUCUAACAGCAAAAUGCUUGCAGAUCAGCAAGAACCUUCUCAGAAUCCUAACUCUGCCUAUUAUCUUAGCAGUAGUGAUUUGAAUGCCACAAAGUUAGUGAGCAUUGAAUUCAAAGGAAAAUGUUUCAGCGAUUGGAGGAGAUCAAUGAUGAUUGCAUUGUCAGCCAAAAACAAAUUGUGUUUUGUUGAUGGCAGUUUGAAUCAGCCAGCACCAAAUUCUUCAAAUCACAGAAUAUGGACUAGAUACGUAUUGCCUACAAUUUCAAAGGCAUAUGGACUGCUACUUCAAGAAGAGCAGCAGAAUGAAGUACACAAUCACAAGCAUCACUCACACACAGAGUCUACUGCAUUCAAUGGGAAAUUUGACAAUAAACCUUACAAAGGUUCAUACAAUAACAUUCCUAAUUCUCAGUAUGCAGGAGCUGGAAACCAAUACAGAAGCUUCACCAAUAGAAACAACUUAUACUGUGAGCAUUGCAAGAUGAGAAACCACACAAUUGACAAGUGUUGGAAGCUGCAUGGCUAUCCUAAAGACUUCAAAGGAAAAGGAAAAAGAAUAGCAGCAGCAGCUCAAUUAGAUGAGUAUAGUCCAAAAGAAAACAAGACAGAUGAAGGAUCAGGAGUAGUUCAUGCCACUUUUACUGAAGAUCAGUACACUCAGCUGAUAAAAUGCCUGCAUACUCAACUAGUUGCUAGUCAAGCAGAGAAUUCUAGCUCUCAGUCUCUUGGUCUAGAAACUACCUAUCAACCUCAAGGUACAUUCUGUCUCAUGUCUAAACUUAACAGAAAUUGGAUUCUAGACAGUGGAGCUAGUGAUCACAUGUGUUCUGAUUUAUCUUUAUUCAAGUCUUUUGAUCCUGUGAUUGAUGGAAAACAUUCAAUAACUGUAACUGAUGGUACUGAAAUCCAAGACCCUUCCAAGAACAAGCACACUCUGCUUGGUAAAUUGGAGAAAGGUCUAUACAGCCUAAGUGAGGAAUUCUUGGGUUGUGUAGCUGAAUCUUUCUGUCAGAUCUGUCCUCUAGCAAAACAGACUAGAUUUCCAUUCCCAAAUAGCUGUAUUAGGUCUACUAGACCUUUUAAACUGUUACAUCAAUUUCUUGUUGAUGUUGCAACUCAGUUUGAACUAUCAGUUAAACAUAUUAGAUCAGAUAAUGCCCUUGAUCUUACUGAAGGAAAAAUGAAGGAAUUGUUCCUCAACAAGGGUAUACUGCAUCAGAAGAGUUGCUCUUACACUCCUCAACAGAAUGGUGUUGUGGAGAGAAAGCACAAACAUCUUCUAGAAACUACUAGAGCAUUAGCUUUUCAAUCCAAGCUACCUGACAGAUAUUGGAACCACUGCAUUCUUACUGCAACAUAUCUGAUAAAUCGAAUGCCCUUGAAAAGCAUUGACUUCUGCACUCCCUAUGAAAGACUAUACAAAACCAAACCUUACCUUUCUCAAUUAAGAAUCUUUGGCUGUUUAUGCUAUAUAACCACACCCAAGAUCCACAGAUCCAAGUUUGACAGGAGAGUAGAACCAUGUGUAUUCCUAGGCUAUCCACCAAAUCAAAAGGCCUAUAAAGUCUUAAAUCUAGCUACCAAUACCUUGAUUGUUUCCAGAGAUGUAAUCUUCUAUGAAAAACAUAUCCCUUUUCAUUAUUCUCCUACUCCUAAACAAGCAUACUCUACUCAAUUUUUUCUUCCUAUUACUACUCCAUUUACAGAUUCUGCUAAUACUUCUUCUCCUAUACUGGACAGUCUCUCUUCUCCAUCUACAUCAUCAUCACCAAUAUUAACACCAUCAACUUCUUCCUCUCCCACUCAAUCUUCUGAACAUUCUCCAUCUCAUGUUUCCAAUUCCUCUCCCAUUCAAUCCACAGAACCACCUGAACCACCUCAAAGAAAGUCAACAAGAGUUUCAAAACCUCCUUCUCAUCUCAAUGAUUUUGUGUGUUCCAAGCCUGUGAAACAUUGGUGUAAUUUGGUUGCAUAUGACAGUCUACAUGAGCAAUAG